CAGUUGACAAUGGCGUCGGACGCGACAAGGGCCAUGUGAUGUCGUUCCGUCGUCUGCAUAAGCAUCGAAAAUAGCCAUUAAACCGCGUUCUCCGAAACCACCGACACCCGCUGCGCUGUCGCAUCUCUCUUUGGGACUUUUUCCAGAAAACGGCUGCAAGUGGUGGGGCCUAGAAUAGCGAGAUGGAUUUUAACGCUGCACUGACCGGGGCCGGCGACUUCGGCACUUAUCAGAAGCUGCUGGUGCUGUUGCUUGUGGUGCCUUCUGGCGCUCUGUGCGCGCUCGUUUACUUUACCCAGUACUUCAUUAUUCUCAUCCCCGAGAAUUACUCGUGCCACCUUGCCGAGGUUCCCCAAGCUCUGUUGAACGCAUCCAAUCUCACAUCCGACCUUCUCAAGACUCUGGCAUUGCCUCCAGAUGAGGAAGGCAGCGCAAAGCUCAGCCAGUGUCGCAUGUAUGAUGUCAACCUAACAUCUCUCUUUGAGGCUGGCACUGUGGAGGCAAAUGCUUCGUGGGAUACAGUAAGCUGCCGCGAUGGCUGGGACUAUGAUUUUGGCAACCUUUAUCCAACAAUUGCAACAGAGCUGAAUAUGGUGUGUGACCAAAGUCACCUUUCAUACUAUAUACAAACAUUUUUCUACGCCGGAACCAGCAUAGGCUCAGUAUUUUUUGGCUUCAUUGCUGACAGGUACGGCCGAAAGCCGUCAAUAAUCCUAAGCUAUGCCUUGGCAUGGCUGGCUGGUUUGGUAUCAUCUUUUGUGAAGAACCUUGUUGGCUUCACCAUCCUGCGCUUUCUUGUGGGAAUGUGCAUCAUUCCACUUUCGGAAGAUCCCUAUGUGCUCAGCCUUGAAUACAUAGGACCUCGCUGGAGAACGCUGCCCAUAGUGCUGUGGGCACUGUCAUACAUUGUCUUCUCAAUGCUGUGUCCAUGGCUGGCUUAUGGCAUUCAAAACUGGACCUCCCUGUCUGUCUGCACGAGCAUGCCAUUGCUGCUGAUCGUCCUCUUCAUGAGGUUUGUGCCGGAAUCGGCCAGCUGGCUGCUGACGCGAGGUCGCAAUGAGGAUGCAGUGAAGUACUUGCGCAGGGUGGCCUUCUUCAACAAGAGGGAUAUCCCUGACAACCUGGAACUGAAGACAGAUAGGGGGGUUAAGGAAGAUGCCAAGAGAGUCACAUUUCUGGACCUGUUCCGCACACCGAGGAUUCGCAAGCACUCCGUGCUGAUGCUGUGUGCAUGGUUUGUCACGUACUGCUGCUACCACACCAAUGUCUACAACACGUCAUUCCUCGGCACAGAUGUAUACCUCUCGUACACGUUGGGCUCUCUAGUGGAACUGCCUGGAUUGCUGCUUGUGCUGUUUGGCUUGGACACGCUUGGUCGCCGUUGGCCGAUGGUUAUUGUGACGGGUGUUGCUGGCAUUGUUGGCAUCCUGUCCAUUCUCUUCCGCAACGGUUCCCAUGUCUCUGUACUGGUGCUGAGCCUUUUGAUGAGGGUGUGCCUGACAGCCGAGUACGACACCAUCAUGCAGUACUCUGCUGAGGUGUACCCAACUGUUCUCAGAGGUCGCGGCUUGGCGUUACUACGCUUUGCCGGCACCCUCAGUCUCUACGUUAGCCCACCUAUCGUCUACUUGUCUCGCCUGGACCCCACAUACCCAAUGCUCAUCACUGGCGUCAUGUCUCUGGUUUUGAGUAUCCUCUCCUUGUUCCUGCCUGAAACCAAAGGCAAGCACAUGCCUCAGACGCUGCAAGACGGAGAGCUUUUUGGAGCAGACCAGCGUAUCUUGGAUUUUCCUUGCCUCGGUGACAAAGGCGAGCCAACGCGUUGUGAUUCACCCAAUGCAUCUGCUGCAGUGAGCUGCUAGGCAUCGUCGAUCUGCAAUUUUAAUCUACAAAUGCUCGGCACAAUCAGCAUCAGACUGGGUCAUUAGCAGGUUUAGUUUUGUUAUUGUGAGGAAAACACUCAAAGGUCAGAAAAGGUAGCUUAUUUCAUAUUUUUUUAUGAAGUUUGCGGUUGUUUCAUAUUGUUGAUUACAUUCACAAUUCAACUAUGAGCUAGCAAGUGAUGCCUUGGUCUUUUUUUUUAUGUCCAGCAACAAUUGUACAUUUUCUACCAGGUAAGAUGGUGCGUAAGUGUGUCUGUAAUAUUUCUCUUUGACUUGUAAUAUUGUAGUCAACAGUUUUUCAGGAUGUUCUCUCUGAGAUUGAGUUGAAUGCUUCUGCAGCUUGCAUUCUACCUGGAACUACUGAUAUAUGUGACCAUAUUGUUUUGUUGUUUUACUGGCCACAAGCACACAUUGCAUUAUAGGAUGUCUUUCACAGAAUCCAUUUCCCAUCCUUAUAUAUGACUUCUUAAGCUAUGAAAUGUGAUUUAGUGAACAGAACUUGCAUAUGUAUGCUACUUCGUGCAAGGUUAGCCCAAAGUACAGACAAACAUUUAGUGUACAUUGUAGAAAGUUACUUGCAAAUCAUUGCUGAAGAAGCCUUAUAUUUUGUCUAUUGACAAAGUGAUGAAAGCUUUAUUAGCUUUGUAGGAAUGGAAGUGCCUUAUAAAAGAGCUUUUUUUUUUUGCCUACUACGAAGUGGUUGUAAUCACCAGGGGCAUAGACACAUAAUUUGUAGUUGCUAAGUAAAAAUGUACCCUAUAAGCUUUCAUUACAAUAUUUUGGUGUUCACUUUAAAAAAGACAUACUUAUUAAGGAAGCAUGUACUUUGUAAAGUACUUUUGCAAAUUCUAUACCGGUAAAAAUGUGUGCUUACCACAAUCCUGUAGGAUAGCGCUUGCUUAGUCACAGCACAGUCAGCUGUGAGAUGGGAGCCUUGAAUUUGCGCAUAUUUCUUCGUAAUGGCUAGUUGCAAUUUGUACAAUGUAAUCUUUUACAUUAACUUAUUGAUCAUGCAUUUAUAUAAUGUCAGUGUUGUACUUUAUGCCAAAGGCUCACGCUGUAGUGCAAGUGACCAAAAGUGUCUACCGAUUUUUGGUGGUCUUGUCUGUCAUUACUAUUGUCAGAUAAUAUAACGUAGGAAGCCUUGCCGUAACUUACCUGUCUUGGUCAUGUCCAGUUGCCACAAUCGGUUCACAAUGUACCAGUGCCACAGUUCAUGAAGGGGCAAGUAAGCAGGCAGUAACGCCACCUUUGCAACUCGCCUUCACACAUUCACAUUUACUGGCUUGAGACAAUGUAAUAUCCAUCUUUGCUUUUCAUGCACAAUGACUUUGCAUGUAAUACCAAGUGUAUGACAUGCAACAUGUGGGGAUCAUGGGUCAGGUUUAGCUCUGGUAGUUGCGUUGUCUUCAGCACGUUAAGUUAUUUACGUGUACUAACCAUUC